CGGAGGUAGGCGUGAGGCCGAAGACUCAUGUGCAGCCGCGGCGCACGUUGGGCGCGGUCUCGGAGACGUUGCGCAGCGCCCGUCGACGCGACGCCCUCGACUCGUCGCGAUGCCUGAACGCUGGCCAGCUUCCCGCGCGCUUCCAUCUCUCGCUCGAUUUCUUGCGGACGGGGCUCGGGACUUGCCGAGCGACGAUGGUGCAAAUUCAACGAUAGCGGCGUCGAGGCCGUGCCUCGAGAGAACGAAUUCCUGCCUUCAAUGGCCGCCCCGGGCCGACGGUCCAGCAGCGCUGGCCUGUCCGCACGAGUGGUCGACUUUGUGAUCGAUGAGAUCUCGUUCUCGGUGUUCGCGGUGCUCGAUUUCGUCGACCAGCUUCUGUGCCCGGUGUUCGCAGUGCUCGAUUCGUUGUUGGAGAUUCGGUCGCCGAGCUGUUACUGCCGCAAGAAUGUUGCUCCCGGGCGAGGCUCGUUCGCGUCGCCGUUGUUGAGCUCUGCGAAGGAAGUUGGUGGAACCGGUGAUGGCGUGUUGGAGAGCUGGAGAAUUUCAUCGACCACUGUCCAUUCUUAUGAGCGCAGAAGAGCCGGGACUCGGAAGCUGCACCUCGUUCCUCUGCUCAGAAGUCUGAGCAGCGAGGCCUCGAUCGACGAGUCUGCCGUUUCCUGCAGCCGCGAGGUGCCUGGCGAAGCCGGAGGCUCUGAGUCGAGCUCGACGCGGGAGCACGGGCGUGUUUUGGGGCGAGGGAUUGGUAUGUUCUCCAAGGCCCGAUCGAAAUUACAGGGACUUAGUUCGGCAAGGAGUUGCGACGAGAAUCCAGUGGUGCGCUGGUCGGAUUGUGGGUGCGAGAAAUGCGUCUCGUGGCAAGCGAAUGACCAACUUUUGUACGUCCGAGUCGACGAUAAAGAGUUUUGGGCGUCAUCUCGGGGUGAUGAUGACGGGCAAAUUCGGAGUGCAGAGAACAACGUAAUUUUUCUCCAUGGGUUUUUGUCGUCCUCCUCUUUCUGGACCGAGUCCGUCAUGCCUGCCCUCCCACAGGAUGUACGCGCGAAUCAUCGUCUGUUUGCAGUGGACAUCUUGGGGUUCGGGAAAAGUCCCAAGCCUUUGAACAACUCCUACACCCUCGCUGACCAUGUGCUCAUGAUCCAGCGAUCUUUGAUACAACUACACGGCAUCCGGAAGUUCCAUCUCGUGGCCCAUUCCAUGGGCUGCACGGUUGCACUGGCCCUCGCAGCCCAGUUUCCAUCCGCAGUGAAGUCCAUCACACUUCUUGCUCCCCCCUACUUCCCCGCAACACCUGGAAUCACACCUGGUAUUCACACCAUGCACCAAGUGGCCCCUCGGAGAAUCUGGCCCUUGAUGGCAUUUGGUUCUGCAGUGAUGUCGUGGUACGAGCACGUUGGCCGGGUCGUUUGUUUGAUUAUCUGUAAAAACCAUCGAGUCUGGGAGCCGCUGUUAAGAUUUCUCCACUCGAACAUUCCCGGCCACAGGAUACCCCUGUCAUCUGUGACUGACUUCAUGCAGCACACGCAUCACUCAGCUUGGCACCUAUUCCAUAACACAAUUUGCAAUGGUGCUCAAGCGGCAGACCACUGCUUACAGGUGCUCCUGAGGGCUGGCCUUCGUGUUCGUGUCAUUCAUGGAACCGAGGACGCAGUCAUUCCCUUUACCCAAAGCGAAAAGCUCAGUGGCCGUUAUCCCAACGUGCUCCUAACUCCUGUAAUUUCAGCCAACCACGCCUCCAUAGUUUUUGGUCGAGAGUCGGAAUUGGGAAUGGACCUUGCAGAGGAGUUUUCAUUUGGGGAAAGCUCUGCGAAGGAAAGGACAUAACACAGUGAAUUUACGAGUGUGUUGCGUCAUGGAGCUUGAGAUCUUUGUCACUCUUCUAUCCAUUUCGGGACCAGGUCACUUGUUCAUCUUGAUAGCAAAAUGGAAUUUCACGCAGCAACCUGUCUCCAGUCUUUAAAAGUUCAAGCUGUCGUGCACUUCAGUUUAUUAAGUUGCCGUCAUGGUAUACCAAAAUAGUUGGCGACGUGUCAUCAAAGGUUUGCUCGAAUCUGCCCACUGGCUUUGUAUGUCCCUCGAAUGAACAUUCACAAAUACACAAUUAAUUUGAAAAUUUUAUUUCGCUGGUAGCAAAAGGUAUCAGCUUGUGUGCUAAUCGUCAGGACGUUGUGCUUCCCAGGAAGUUCAGAGUUUAAGAGCCCAGUUCGAUCAUUGCCCUGGAGCAUCGGACGGGGGUUCCCGUGCUUGGGUCAACAGAUGCCUAUUAUCCCAUUCCUUGGCCCCUCUCACCAUCUCUCAUCAUCAUCAUCAUCUCACCGUGACCCACAAAAGCCUGACAGAUGCAAAAUCAUUCGUUUUACAAGGCAGUCUAUCGUCCAAACUCGAAUUUGUUUUCACGGAAAGACAACGCAGCGCUUAUGUCAGGAUGUCCCAACAUCAAAGAGUGCUGAUACCUGCCCAUGAGCUAAGCUUGGACGAUUUUGUUCGGCUGGUUAUGAGAAGCUCGGACUAGAAGUUCACAAGCCUUCUUGUGCUUUUGCCAAACCCUCACUUGGCAAGCUUUUCCGCAGUAC